CGAAAAAGGAAAAUGGCCAGGAGACCAAAAAGCCGAAGCCUGCACCCAUCAAAAUCUCGCCGCCAGAGCAGUUCGACCACACGAAGCCCUUCUACUACAACAGGCAAAUCUGCUACCCCCCGUUGGCCUCCGGACAGCUCCAAGCUCCCAUGGCGCCACUGCCUGGCCCCUACUUCUCGGGCAUCCAUCCGGCCUUUGCUGCAGCUCGUGCUGCUGCGUCUUUCGCUCAACCGUCUCCCAUGCAAUCGCUGGCCAGUCCCAAUGGACUUCCACCUGCCAGCCCUUUUGGCCCACCGCUGAGUGCUGGUGCUACAGUCCCUCAACAGUUCACACAAGUCGCACAUAAGCCAGCUGCAUCUUUGGCAAGUCCACCUGCCACUAAUGCUCCGAUCACUUCCAUCAAGCCCAGCGAGAUUACGAAGCGUCAGCUUAACUCGCUGCGGUCGUCCCUCAAGUACUAUGAGGAUCAAUUGCAAUACAACAAGCACCAGAUCGACGAAAAGUGGACACAGGAACAGAGUGGCGGUAUUCGCAAGCUCAUUGAACAGUUUGAGCACAACUACAAGAUGCAGCAGAACUUUGAGUCGGCCUACUAUCCCGGCAGUGACAAAGCCUCGGGUGCCGCCAACACAGGCAAGACGCCUAGCGCAGUACCCAGUCAGACCCCCUCAAGAGCUUCGAGCAUGCAAGAGAAGCCAAUUGAGACUGCUACCAAAACCGACUCUGUCACAUCAACCAGCCAUGGCCUCCACGCCCUGAGCCAUACUCAGUCCAUGGACCAGAUCCGACAAAGAUCGGUCAAAGACCGACGUCAGAAGGCUGGGAUAAACUCUUCUAAGGGCAACGAUACUUCAGCCGCUCUUGACGCCCUUGAAGCUCAUUUCGAUCGAGCUAGGCUACAUGAUCCCGUCAAGAAGCCCUCGCUCCCUACUGAUGCUGCGAUGGCACCUCCUUUCGAGCCACGGGCCACGCCCACGUUGCCUUCUCGCUUGAGCAAUGGAUUGGAGUCAGCUACCGAUACAACUGGUUCCAGCGAGUCCCAGUGGCCUGCCAUGGCCUUUCUGCCUCCGAGCCAGCCCCUUUGGAACAACACCAACCCUGCUAAGGAUCUUUUUAGUGGCACAUCCUCUUCCGACAUCGGCAUAGCUUCCCAAAACCUGGGCGUGGGCAGCUACACGCCGUAUCUCGUCGGAAAGCUGCCACACGGUGGCAACCCAUACAGUGCUCGUGCAACGGACUAUGUGUACCCUCGCGAACUGACGGAUGAGGAGAAGCGAGCGCGACACGUCUACUGGGGCCAAGUGUCCAGCAAGGGCCUCGGCCUGCCAAAGUUUGACGGCAAGGAUUUCUAUCCCCCAUCUCCAGUCAAGACCAGUGAAAAGACGGAGGCACCUCCCAAGCUGAAAAUCCGUCAACUUCCAACCGGGCAGUCUGCCUCGGACUACAGUUUUGAGCUGCCGAAGACAGAGAACGACCCAUUCCGAUCCAGUCGGGAUACUGGAAGCAUCCGUUCGGACAGAAGCGGUCCGAAGGUUAGUCGUGCGGUGCCGAUCGUCAAUCCUGAUACCAUGAAACGUGAGGAGGGGAACAUGACGCCGUCUCAACCUGCCACCGGCACAGGGGAUCUGCGAAAGAUUCUCCACAGUGACAAUUUCCCAACAUUGUCUCCGACCAAGCCUAGCAUGAGUUCCGUGAGCGAGAAGAAGGCGACCACGCUGAGUCGCCGGGUUCUUGAUAGAUCAAGGUGUGUUCAAGCCAAUACCAUGUUGAUAUGCCAUGGGACUAACCAUCAAUAGCAACAAAUCUGGAAACGACCUUUGGCAGAGCAUGUUGAAGAAGGGUUCGACCAGUGCGACGGCUCUUCCUAGUACCAUCUCCUCGACCACGGCCACUGGCUAU